AUGGCAGCUUACUACACUCCUCCUCGACCACAGGUAGCGGCGCCCAGACGAUCCUCGUCUCAUCGGACAGACCAGCAGCGCGACCGAGAAGAGCUCACGACCAUUGACCUCGACUUUGGAGAUCAUUCCAUUUACGUUUUUCCUAACCCCUCUUCCGUGCCUCCCAGUCCCGCGUCCUCUUUAUUCUCGCCCUCCUCCAGUUUCAGCCCGUCCUCGUUUUCCUCAUCCUCCUCUCGCUCGCGUUCUCGCUCACGAGCACAACAUGACAACUCUCGUUUCUUCUCCCGAGCCCGAAGCAAUCCCACUGCUAGUAUAAGUUCAGCAGGUGCGGAAGUAUCUUCCAAUCACAUCGUGCCACCGUCCCCCAUUUCCCCCAAUCUAAUCGAAGACGAUCCGGACGUAGACGAGGUAUGGGACUGGACACGCGAUUACUCUGAUGGACAGAGCUCCGAAUCUUGGAUUCUCGAAGAGGAAGUAGAACGGGUAAGCCGCUGGGAUAUCGCCCUGCGUUCUAGCCAAUUUGCCCCACGCGCAAUCCCAUCGUCCUCCCAACGCGCCGCACGCUUGAUGGACCACGGGCCUCCACGGCCCCGCCUCACGCCUCUGCGAACGCGCGCACUCUCCCGGUCGACGAACGCUAGCCUUGGUUCCCUACGCUCCUCAUCCGUCUCAUUACACGACGUGGUACGCCCCGCGUCACCGCAGCCUCGGAUCCGUCUCCCACUUCUCACAUUCUUCGCGUCUUUGUUCUCUCUCGACCUGGACGAUCCUGCACUCCGCCUCCUGACUCAGAGCUCGUCCACAGACGAGGAUUCGGUACUCUUCCCAGGACACAUCGCUACUAGUCUUAGCCUGCCUGCGAGUGGCUGCAUGGUACAAUUCCCGUCGCACUCGUUUCAGUCCGAAUCCGAUCUUAGCGAUAUGAACGAGGACAGUGACAUUGAUGUUGCUACCAAAUACAUGAAUAUCCCCGAUCCCUGUGCUGAUGUGCACGGACUCGAGAGACUGCUCUCGACCACGACCGAUCCGUCUGGCGCCGCCCUACGCUCUUUACGCGCUGGGCUGGCGCUCCCAAGGGGCAUUCCGAUCGAGUUUGGCGUCUCCAGUAUUGCGGGUUUUUGGCGUGCAAUGGGCGAGGUGUAUACGCGUAGUGGCCAGGCGUGGAGAGAGGUGUGGGAGGGAAGUUGA